GCCAGAACCUCGGUCGCCGCUCCCGCGGCGACACUCACCGCCGGGAAGUCGGGGCCCAGAGCCCGGAGCAGCUGGGUGUGCUGCAAGGCGCUGAUUGCCCUCCCGCAUCUCUGAGGCCCUGACUCCAUGGUGACACCCCCUCUUCAGACAAAAAUCAAGAAGGUCCCAGCGGCCUCUCAGGUUCUCCAUCAGGCCUUGGUAGCCCAGUAUGGCCCUGAGGUAAACCAUGACCAGCUGGCCAGCACUCGCCACUGACCAUCCAGAGUCGCAUCUCACCGGGAGGUGACCCUCCUGCUCCCCCACGCGCCCACCCCCACCCAGGAACGUGCCCGCGCUGCCACGGACACCAUGUAGUAGGGCCGCUGCGGCGCCCAGCGAGCUGCGAUGGUUUUGUACACGACCCCCUUUCCCAACAGCUGUCUGUCUGCCCUGCACUCCGUGUCCUGGGCCCUCAUCUUCCCAUGCUACUGGCUAGUGGACCGGCUCGUGGCCUCCUUCAAACCCACCACGUAUGAGAAGCGUCAGCAGGCCGACGACCCGUGCUACCUCCAGCUGCUCUGCACCGUGCUGUUCACACCUGUCUACCUGGCACUCCUGGUCGCAUCACUGCCCUUCGCGUUCCUCGGCUUCCUCCUCUGGUCCCCCCUGCAGUCUGCCCGCAGGCCCUACAUCUACUCCCGGCUAGAGGACAAAGGCCCAGGCGGUGGUGCGGCCCUGCUCAGUGAAUGGAAGGGUACAGGUCCAGGAAAAAGCUUCUGCUUUGCCUCUGCCAACCUCUGCCUCCUCCCUGACUCACUGGCCAGAUACAACAACCUCUUCAACACCCAGGCACGGGCCAAAGAGAUUGGGCAGAGAAUCCGAAAUGGGGCCAGCCGGCCCCAGAUCAAAAUCUAUAUCGAUUCUCCCACCAAUACCUCCAUCAGCGCAGCCAGCUUCAGCAGCCUGGUUUCGCCGCAGGGUGGUGAUGCUGUGUCCAGGGGCGUCCCCGGGAGCAUUAAGAGGACGGCCUCGGUGGAAUACAAGGGUGACGGCGGGCGGCACCCCAGUGAUGAGGCUGCCAAUGGUCCGGCCUCUGGGGAUCCAGGAGACUGCGGCAACCUUGAGGAUGCCUGCAUCGUGCGCAUUGCGGGCGAGGAGGGAGGUCGGCUCCCUGAAGUGGAUGACCCCCCUACUGGGGUCCAGGCCAGGAACGGAGCCAGUGGGGGCUCACGGGGCCAGACACCCAACCACAGUCAGCAAGAUGGGGACUCGGGAAGCCUGGGCAGCCCCUCGGCCUCCAGGGAGUCCCUGGUGAAGGCGAGGGCCGGGGGGGACAGUGGCAGUGUGGAACCGGGUACCACGAACAACAGCAAGCUCCCGUACAAGGCCUCCGUGGUUAAGAAAGCCACUGCGCGCAAGAGGCGGCACCCCGAUGAGGCCUUCGACCACGAGAUCUCGGCCUUCUUCCCCGCCAACCUGGACUUCCUGUGCCUGCAGGAGGUGUUCGACAAGCGUGCGGCCGCCAAGUUGAAAGAGCGGCUGCACGGCUACUUCGAGUAUAUCCUGUAUGACGUGGGGGUCUAUGGCUGCCGCGGCUGCUGCAGCUUCAAGUUUUUCAACAGCGGCCUCUUCUUUGCCAGCCGCUACCCCAUCAUGGAUGUGGCCUAUCACUGUUACCCCAACGGGAGAGGCUCGGAUGCCCUGGCCUCCAAGGGAGCGCUGUUUCUCAAGGUGCAGGUGGGAAGCACACCUCAGGACCAAAGAAUUGUCGGGUACAUCUCCUGCACACACCUGCAUGCCCUGCCAGAGGACAGUGCCAUUCGGUGUGAGCAGCUGGACAUGCUUCAGGACUGGCUGGCUGAUUUUCGAAAAUCUACCUCCUCGUCCAGCACAGCCAACCCCGAUGAGUUGGUGGCAUUUGACGUCAUCUGUGGAGAUUUGAACUUUGACAACUGCUCCUCUGACGACAAGCUGGAGCAGCAGCAUUCCUUGUUUACACGCUACAAGGACCCCUGCCGCCUGGGGCCUGGGGAAGAGAAGUCAUGGGCCAUCGGUACCCUGCUGGACACAGAUGGCCUCUAUGAUGAGGAUGUGAGCACCCCUGACAAUCUGCAAAAGGUCUUGGAGAGUGAAGAAGGCCGCCGGGAGUACCUCGCCUUCCCCACCAGCAAGAGCCCUGGGGGAGGCCAGAAGGGGCGCAAGGACCUGCUGAAGGGCAAUGGCCGGCGCAUCGACUACCUGCUGCACGCGGAGGAGGGGCUGUGCCCAGACUGGAAGGCCGAGGUGGAAGAAUUCAUUUUUGUCACUCAGCUGUCGGGCCUGACAGACCACCUCCCGGUGGCCAUGCGGCUAAUGGUGUCUUCAGGGGAGGAGGAGUCAUAAACCAGCCAAGUAAUCAGGAGCAGCAGGCCUCUGCCAGCCCUUAAAGCCGUGGCAGCUCCUCCCGGGCCAUGUCCCCUCCGGCAAGCACCCCUGGUGCUGGGGGAGGAGGGCAGGGGCCUGGGAGGAGCCGCAGCCCCGGUGAGCUGAAGCAGCACUGCCCUGCACUUCUGGGGCACACGCCGAGGACAGGAGUCAGGCCCACCCAGGGAGCCCCAGGUGCCCAACCAGUGCCAUUCUUUCACAACGUGAUUUUCUACGACUCUACAGCACAACCUAGUUUGUAACCGGUGGGUUAGUAUGAGAACCGGGCUUCUGUACUCUUUGUAUCUCUUCUCAAGCUUUGUCCAGGGUUCACUCUUUUCGUCUGCUGCCAUGUUGUCUCGCAUGCCUGCACCCUCGCAUGCCCGCUGCCCGCAUGCCAUGUGCCACGCCGUAGCCACACAGACCCUCGCUCGGGCCUCACCCAAGGCCGAACUCCAAACACAAUCAGAACCAGCCAAAGAAGCACUUCUGGGCACAGGGCCGCCAGCUGGCUGCCUCCAGCCCGACAGCUCACAUGCAGGGACCAGAGGGCUGUGUCCAGUUACCAGCAAGCCUGGACUCCCCCCCC